AUGAGAGUUGCAGUAGUGCUCGUGCUCGUGCUCGUGCUCGUGCUCGUGCAUGUAUGGAGUAUUACGAGUAGCAAUGAAGAACGAAGUGGGCAAUGCAUAGAGAGUGAGAGACAAGCUCUUCUUGGGUUUAAGAAAGGCCUUGUUGAUAGAGACAACCGUCUAUCCUCCUGGACAAGUAGCCGACGAGAUUGUUGUACCUGGGAAGGAAUCAGGUGUGAUAACUUAACUCAAACUCAUCAUAUUGUUGUGCUUAAUCUUCGUACCAAUGAUUUGGAUGGUGAAAUUGGUCCCUCGUUGAUUGAAUUGAAACAAUUGAGGCACCUUGAUCUUAGUUCCAAUAGCUUCACUAUAAUUCCAAAGUUUAUUGGGUCUUUAACAAGACUCCGAUAUCUCGAUCUUCGAUAUAAUCCUUUUAUUGGAGCUAUUCCUUCUCAUCUUGGGAAUCUUACUAGAUUGCAUUCUCUCUAUCUUGGUAGUCUAGAGGGUCAAUUGAAAGCUGACAAUCUCAAAUGGCUUUCUCGUCUCACAUCCCUCAGAGAUUAUAGCCUAUCGAGAAUUGAUUUAUCCAAAGCCAUAGACUGGUUUCAAUCAAUUAAAGCAGCCCCCUCCUUGUUAAGUUUGACAUUAGAGUUUUGUCAACUUCCGCAAGUAGAUCUCUUGUCUCCUUCCAAUAAAAAUUCUUCUGAUUCUCUCACAAAUCUUGAAGUCUUCGACAGUUCCAUACAUCCUACAACAGUUCCUUGGUUGUUCAAUGUGAGUAUCAAUCUUGUUAACCUCACCCUAUAUUAUAGUAACGACGGAGGUCCUAUUCCAAAUUCGUUUGAAAAUAUGAGAAAUCUUGAAAAUAUUUACUUACGUGGGAAUGGAUUUGAAGGAGAAAUACCAAAUUCAUUGAGAAAUCUUUGCACCCUUAAACAGUUGUCUUUGAUUGGGAACAUUUUCAAUACAACACUCCAUGAUUUUUUAGAAUGGCUUAGUGGUGGCUGCACUAAGGAUUCUUUAGAAAUUUUGGAUUUGUCGUCAAACCAACUACGAGGAUCCAUUCCUGAAAUGAACUCAUUUCCCAUCUUUCUAAGAGAAUUACGAAUUCGAGAUAAUCUAUUAAAAGGACCACUCCCUAGUCUUUCAAAGCUGCCAUACCUAAGAGAGUUGGAUGUCUCUUCAAAUUCCCUUUCUGGUCUCAUCUCUGAAGUUCACUUUCACAAUCUCUCCAACUUGGAGAUACUACGCUUGUCUUCUAACUCCUUAGCAAUAAAAUUUAACUCCACUUGGAUUCCACCAUUUCAACUAACUUCUAUAUGGUUGAGCUCUUGCAAGUCAGGUCCGAAGUUUCCUAGUUGGUUGAAAACUCAAGUAAAUAUCAAUUAUCUCGAUCUUUCACACAAUGAGAUCAAAGAUACUAUUCCAAUGAAUUGGUUUAGCAAUUUGACUACGAAAUUGUAUUAUCUAGAUCUAUCUUUCAAUCAAUUCCAUGGUCAUUUCUCAUUGUAUAAUAUGACUUCCCCAAUGUUUCAACUAGAUCUAUCUUCCAAUCAAUUCCAUGGUCCUUUUUCAUUGUAUAACGUGACUGCCCCAAUGUAUUAUCUAGAUCUUUCUUCCAAUCGAUUCCAUGGCCCUAUCCGAUUGCACAAUUUCACAUCUGAAACACGUUUUCUUAAUCUAUCUUUCAAUCAAUUCUCUGGCCCUAUCCCAUCGUCUUUAUCCUCUAAUGAAUUAUAUCUUCAAAAUAAUAAGCUCACCAGUUUAACGUCUUUCCUGUGCGAACCACGGCUGGUAGUUCAUCACAAAAUAUAUGUUCUUGACCUUUCAAAUAAUCUGUUAUCUGGAAGCCUUCCUGAAUGUUGGGGGAAUUUGAACGACUUGGCUAUUCUCAAUUUAGGUCACAAUAAUUUAUCCGGAGUUAUUCCAAAGUCAAUGGGUUUAUUACUACAAAUUCGAGUUUUGCAAUUGAGGCACAACAACUUCUCAGGAAAUCUACCCUCAUCCUUACAAACUUGUGAGCAGCUUCAAGUUUUUGAUAUUGGAGAUAAUGCAUUGGAAGGAAAAAUCCCAUUGUGGAUUGGCCAAAAACUGACAAAUUUGAUCUUUCUGUCUGUAAAAUCUAAUCAACUCAGUAAUCGUAUUCCAUCUAAUCUAUGUAAUCUCCAUGCCAUUGAAAUGUUGGACCUUUCCAUGAAUAGAAUAUUUGGGACUAUCCCUCCAUGUCUAGACAAUUUUACCUCUAUGGUGGAAAAACGAGAUGACCAUGAAUUAGAUACUGGAAGCUAUAUCUUUAGCGUGGAUGUACCUCUUGGUGAGAAUACUAUAUUACCCUUUGAAUUAGUAUCACUAGUGAUUAUGUGGAAAGGAGUGUACCUUGAGAAUGAAAAGAUUUUUAGAUCAUUGAGACUCAUUGAUCUUUCAAGCAAUCAAUUGACUGGACAAAUUCCAGAAGAAUUAACACAUCUUGUUGAAUUAAUUCAACUAAACCUAUCAUGGAACAAUUUGCAUGGAGCUAUCCCAAAGGAGGUUGGGAAAUUGAGCAAUCUACAAUCACUUGAUCUGUCCAACAACAAGCUCUCCGGUGAAAUUCCCUCUAGCUUAGCAACAAUAUCCUUUUUGAGCUACUUGAAGUUGUCGAACAACCGAUUGUCUGGAAAAAUCCCCACAGGCACUCAACUACAAAGUUUUGAAGCUUCUAGCUAUACAGGAAACCUUAGACUUUGUGGACCUCCUCUGCCAAAGUCAUGCUUUGGAGAUGAAACUUUACAAGGCAACCCAAAUUCAAAUCGUGAUGAAAGCAUUGUUGAAGACAGUGACAAAUGGUUUGACAUGAAACAGUUUCAUAUGGGAAUUGGAGUUGGAUUUAUCAUUGGAUUUAUUGGAGUUUGUGCCAACAUUUUGCUUAUAAAAUCUUGGAGAAUUGCCUAUUUCCAAUUCUUAAAUAGCAUGGAGAAUUGGCUUUAUGUGACAAUUUCUAUCAAAAUGGCCCAAUUGAAGAGAAUGUUUUCAAAUUAA